AUGCGUCAUUUGCGUCCCGUAUCGCAGUACUCGAAAAUACUCCUUGGUCGUAUCGCGCAUUAUAUUGCAAGUCAGGUCUACUCAAGAAGUCCCCUUGAGGCUAGAACGUCUGGCUCUUUAUGGAGUCUUCUCAUUGGCAGGAACCAGCUGCAUCACCAUAUCAAACUUUUGGUUGCGAACAAUGCCCCAAAGGGGAACAGGGCCGACCCGUAUAGGGAGCGGCAAGCUGAUGCUGAUCCGACGCGUUUACCCGUGAUCAAUUCCACGUGGGAAGUAAAUCCAUACAGAAUCAGUAACUUCCCCAUGAAGCUCGUGCAUGACAAGUUUAUAUUAAGUUAUGAACAGUGCUCUUGUCUGCGCUAUACAACUUCAAGUCAUCCCAACAACUCCCUCUGA